AUGUUGUUGGUAGCUUUCUACUUUGUGCUGAGUGCUCUUGCAGCAGAAUGUAGCGCGGAGGGAACUGCUAAAGAUAACUGUGAAGCCAAUCAUUGCGAAAUGGUUGGUGGCACUGAAAUCUGUACGCAAUGUCAAACAGGAAAGGUUCCAAUUGAUGGGCAAUGUGCAGGUGCUACUGAUAGCAACACAAAGUGCAAGAAUGCUGAUGGCGUUGCUGAUGCAGAUCAGACGUGCGGAAAAUGUCUUCUAGAAACUUUCAUGUACAAAGGAGGAUGCUAUGUAACAACCAAGGCUCCUGGUAAUGUGAUGUGCGGAGAUGCAGCUGCUGGUAAGUGCACACAGGUUAAGGCUGGGUACUUCCUGCCGCCGGGCGCUGAUAAUGCGCACGACUCGGUUGUUUCAUGCGGGGAUACAACGGGCGUGACGCUUACUGACAAUAAGAAGUACACGGGCGUGGCCGGGUGUGGUAAGUGUGAGCAACCCGGCGAAGCACAGAAUGGCACUCCCAAGGCCGCCACAUGCACUGAGUGCCAGGCGGAUAAGUAUCUGAAGACAGAAUCAGGGACAACCUCUUGUGUUGACGAAGGGAACUGCAAUAACGGAUUCUUCCCCACCACUGAUGCACAGAGUAAUAACAAGAAGGUAUGUGCUCUGUGUAGUGAGGCCGAUAAGGGUGGCAUAGCCGACUGCAAGAAGUGCUCCCUCAAAGCAACGUCUGCAAGAGCAGGUCCAAUGGUUACGUGCUCUGAGUGUACUAAUAAUAAUCUGAGCCCCCUGAAGGACGAGUGCAUGCUCGGUUGCCCUGCUGGCACAUAUGCCAACAACAAGGUGUGCACCCUCUGCCACGAGUCGUGCGCUGGCUGCCAGACCGACGACAAGGAGACCUCCUGUACGGCCUGCUACCCCGGGUCUGUACUUGAGCAUGAUGGUGAUCUGACUACUGGCAAAUGCAUCCAGGAGUGCACGGGAAGGUACGCAGAGAACUGCGAAGCUGGCCAGUGCACGGCCGUCGUUGGGGGAUCCAAGUAUUGCAGCAGGUGCAAGACAGGGUUCGUUCCGAUAAACGGCAUGUGCGUCUCUACAACAGCCCGCGCAGCCACAGAGUGUGUGGCUGGAGAGGGAGUCUGCACUAGUUGCACGGGCGCAUACUUCUUAGAAUCUGGCGGAUGCUAUAAAACCGGGGCAUUUCCAGGUAACACGUUGUGCAUAGCCGCAGGGGCCAAUGGAAAGUGUGCAAACUGCGCCAAUGGACAGAAUGCAGAUCCUCAAACAGGCGCGUGUCCCCCGUGUCCAGCCAACUGCUCAAAGUGCAGCGGCGAUAGCGAUGUUAAGACGUGUACUGAGUGCUAUUCUGGAUACUAUCUUGACACUGGAAAAGAGUGUAAAAAGUGUUCUGAAACAAGUGGUAACAUCCAAGGCGUACCUAAUUGCGUGAGCUGUAAAGCUCCUUCGUCUCCUAAUGCGCCGACUCCUGUUACCUGCUAUGUUAAAACAGACGCCACUAACAACGGCGAUAACGAUAACAACGGCGGAAGCACGAACAAGAGCGGCCUCUCCACUGGGGCCAUCGCGGGUAUCUCCGUUGCUGUGGUGGUUGUUGUGGGUGGUCUCGUAGGGUUCCUCUGCUGGUGGUUCAUAUGUAGGGGGAAGGCGUAG